UAAUUUGAAGCCUUGCGUGCAAGCCUCGCAAGUUUUUAUUUUCAUUAAUUAAUUAUUUUUAUUACUUGCGCGGUAAAUUUAAAUAUUUGAAAAAUAAAUUAUUUCAAACGAGGGAAAAAUUAAAAAUUUUAAUCGAAAAUAAAAUGGCGGCAUUCCGUAAUGCACUCAAAUAACUAAAAUUUAAAUAAAUUCCAGAAGUCAAAAAAUUAUUUUUUAUUUAAAAAAAGAAAUAUUUAUAAUAAACUAACUACAAUUUAAAUCGAGCUUUUUAUUUUUAAAACUCCAUUUCUAUGUAACUACAACACACUAUAUCUACAUGUCAUACAAAAUAUAACCAAUUAUAGUAUUGUUUACUUUCAAAUUUAGUUUUUGUUUACUCAUCGUCAAUUAAUCAUUAACAAUGUAUUAUUCAUAAUUUAAAACCUCAGUACCUAUAAAAAUAAAUACUCAAUUUAAACCCUGCUAAAAAUAUUCAAAAGCCCGCUCAAUGGAAUUAAAUCAUCUCGACAAGGGAUCAAAUUUACAUAUGAGAAAAUUUAGAUCACAAGAACAUGAUCCAAGUGACAACUGUGAACUUGAUGGAGUUUUUCCCAUACCAAACUUCAAUGCUGAUGUCACUGAUGUACCAGACAACAAAGCACUUGUCACUCGCUUUGACAUUUUCUUAAUAUUCGUAUCAAUAAUAACUCAUAUCGUUGAUUUAUGUACUGAUUUAAAUUUAUCAUGGAGAUAUUACGAAAAACGACAAUUUACAUAUUUUUUCAUCACCACCGCAUUCUUAUUUAUUCCGUCUUUCAUUAAUAUUAUUGUCAGUAUCAGAAUGUAUGAGCAGGACUCAGAGUCGAAGCCAGAGGGAAUAAAAAAGCAAACGUUGGCAAGACGGAUUCUGAAACUGAAACUUUGCUGUCCAUUUAUUCUCGUCUUUCAAUUAGCGCCAGUGCUGCGUUAUUUUGAUUGUCUUAAAUACGCCUGCCAGUCUUAUCAGUGCCGUAAAGAUAAAGAUAAUUAUGGACAAAAAAAAUAUUAUGUUAAAAUGUUGAAGGAAGAGCAGGAUAUUUCACUACUGAGAGUCUUUGAAUGUUUUUUGGAAGCUGCUCCUCAUCUGGUACUUCAGUUGACUCUUAUUAUUUACAGUUAUGAUGGCAAUGUUACUGUUGAUUCUAUUUUUUUCCAUCAAUUAAUCAGUAUUAUAAGUUCUCUGGGUAGCAUGGGCUGGGCAAUGUCCAGUUAUCACAGAAUAAUUAGACUAGCACAAGGUGAUAAAGAGAAUAUUAAUUGUGCUGGCCAAGCGAUACAGUUUUUUUGGCAUUUUUUUAUUACUGUAUCAAGAAUAGUAUCAAUAAGUGCAGCAGCAGCAAUAUUUACUGUCUACACAACAAUAUUUUGUUUUAUCCACUGGUUUAUAAUGACACUGUGGAUCCUAAGUAAACCAGCAGGUGUAAUACAAUUUUGCCGGAAUCAAAGCAGAGAUCCACACACACCGAUAACUAUUUACGAGCGAAUUGGCUACCAUUUAUUUUCCGCAAUACUCGGCGUAGUUUACGUCUUCACUUACUUGAAACCAGCAGAGGGUGCGACAUUUUACAAGCACAUAUUUUAUUACACAAUAUGUGGAAUUGAGAACGUGGCCGCGAGCAUCGUUUGGGCGAUCGCUGACUACAAGACUGUAUUAUUUUUACGCUACUACAUACUCGUUAUUUGUUUAUGUAUCGUGCCAUUUGUGCUGGGUAUUAUCUGUAUGAUUGUUUAUUACAAAUUUUUCCACCCUACUCUUUCUAAAAACUCACCAAUGCCUCAGACAACUGGACAGUCUGAUUCAUUGAAUAUUUAAAUGUAUUUUAUACUUUUUUAUAUUUUACAUUCUAUUAAUAAUUAAAAUUUUUAUACUAACAUUAAAAGUUGCAUUUAUGAAAUUUAAACACGUGCAUUUAUAUUUAACAUAAAUAUUUUUAUAUUUUUAUAUAUAAAAUAUAACUGACGCAGUGCGACGAAGUACAAAAAACACAGGUCCGGUACUUGAAGGGACUCGGGUUCGAAUCCCGAUCUCAGUUUAAAUUCAACCAAUGAAUUGUAAAAAUCAAUUCUACUUUCGAUUAAUUUUAAAUAAAUAUAUAACAUAUAUAUGUGAUAUUUAUUACCGGAAUGAACCAAUUUUUUAUAAAUAAAAUUAUAAGUCUGACAAAUCCAUGACACCUCUAAUUUUUGA